UCCCUCUUUUUUCAAUAUCAGAGAGAAAAAAAAAAGGUAAACGUGAAGAGAAGAAAGAAAAAGUUUAAAUAGUGGAAGACUGGAAAAGCAUAGUCGCGACUUUUUUUUUCUAUAUUCUUUAUCUUGCAGUGUCGUGUUGAACGUGACAUUUUUCUUACUUACCUCUACGUAUAUUUGUUAUAUAUAAACUCUUUUGUCGGCUACUCUUUACUGUUUCGCGUCUACCUUUUCCGUAAUAAUAAUCCCACAGUAUGUGCAAAUCAUCUUCACCUGCCCAACCCGCUGAGCGUCAAGUGCUCCCUACCAAUGUCAAACCUGUUCACUAUGAUCUGACACUUCAACCCAACUUGGAAACCUUUGUUUUCCACGGUCGUGUCAAAGUCGAUUUGGAAGUAAAAGAAGAUACCAAGCAAAUCGUUCUCAAUACACAUGAUAUCAAGAUUCACUCGGCUUCUCUGUUCUCUGCCAGUUUGAAAACCGAAACCAACCAAGUGGCCACUGAUAUCAGCUACGAUGAAAAGAAGGAUCAGGCAACAUUGACUUUUGCCGAAGCUGUGUUGGCCAACACCAAGGCUGUUCUCGAUAUCACCUUUGAGGGUAUCCUCAACGAUCAAAUGGCCGGUUUCUACCGAUCUUCUUACAAGGAUGCAGACGGUAACACACAAUACCUGGCUACUACUCAGUUCGAAGCUACCGAUGCUCGCCGAGCUUUCCCCUGUUGGGAUGAGCCUUCCUUGAAAGCCACUUUUGACGUGACAUUGAUUGUCCCUUCAAAGUUGACUGCAUUGUCCAACAUGAACGUCACCUCGGAGAAGCCUUACCUUGAGAGCGCCAAGGGAACCACAAUUGGCAAGCACGAGGAAGCUCAAACCGGCAAGGACGUUUCUGCUGUGAAAGAUUUGAAGGAAGUCAAGUAUGCUACCACGCCUCGCAUGAGUACCUACCUGUUAGCUUUCGUUGUCGGUCCUUUUGAGUACAUCGAAGCUUAUACCUCGGGCGACCACAACGGCCGUCCCAUUUGCGCUCGUGUCUAUGCUCUUCCUGGAUCCGUCGAGCAAGGUCGUCACGCAUUGAACGUCUGUGUUGAGGCUCUCGAAUACUUUGCCCAAGUGUUUGGUGAACCUUAUCCUUUGCCAAAGAUUGACAUGGUCGCCAUUCCCGAUUUUGAAGCUGGUGCUAUGGAAAACUGGGGUUUGGUCACCUACCGAACGGUUGCUCUGUUGUUUGAUGAAAAGUCGUCUUCUAUUGUGUUCAAGAAGAGCACUGCAUACACUGUGUGCCACGAAUUGGCUCAUCAAUGGUUCGGUAACUUGGUCACUAUGGAAUGGUGGGACCAUUUGUGGUUGAACGAAGGUUUUGCCACCUGGGUGGGUUGGUUAGCCGUGGAUCAGAUUUUCCCCGAUUGGGAUGUGUGGACUUCGUUUGUCAACGAGGAUAUGCCCCGAGCUUUGAACUUGGAUGCCCUUCGAUCGUCGCAUCCCAUUGAAGUGGCCGUGAACGAUCCCGCUGAAAUCCACCAGAUUUUCGACGCUAUUUCCUACUACAAGGGCGCCAGUGUCAUCCGAAUGUUGAGCUCUUGGCUUGGUGUGGAAACUUUCUUGGCCGGUGUUCGACGAUACAUCCAGCGUCACAAGUUGGCCAAUGCUUCCACCAACGAUCUCUGGACCGCUUUGAGCGAAGAAGCCGGUGUCGAUGUUUCCAAAUUCAUGACAUUGUGGACCAAACGUGUCGGCUAUCCCGUGUUGAAGGUCGAGACUGAAGGCAAGAAUGUCAAGAUUACCCAAUCCCGCUAUCUUUCUACUGGUGACUUGAAGUCCGAAGAAGAUACCACGGUCUGGUGGGCUCCUCUUGGUAUUUUGGUCCCUGGCGGCAAGGUCGAAUCUCACACCUUGACGGAAAAGUCUCAAACCUUUGAAAUUGGUUCGCCCGAUUUGUUCAAGGUGAAUGCCGGUCAAACCGCUGUUUACCGUGUCAACUAUCCCAUCAACGUGAUUCGUCAACUUGGCGAAGAGAUCAAGAAGGGCAAGGACGGUCUUUUGUCCAACACGGCGGAUCGCGUUGGUUUGCUUGCUGAUGCUGCCAACUUGUGCGAGAGCGGUGAACAGGACACUACUGCUUUCUUGGAACUCGCUCGCGCCUUUGUCAACGAAGACAAUUACUUUGUGUGGUCUCAGUUGAGCACCCAUCUCAGCAACAUCCUCAGCGUCUGGUACGAACAACCGGAAGAUGUGCGUGACGGUCUCAAGGCAUUGAGACGCAGCCUGUUUGCUCCUGUGGCUCACAAGCUCGGCUGGGAAUUUGCGGCUACCGAUGAUUACCUUACCAACAUUCUUCGUGUGCUCGCUUUGACGAAUGCUGGUCGUUCCGGUGAUGCUCAAACCGUGGCUGAAGCCAAGAAGCGAUUCUGGCAGUUUGCCGAAGGCAAUGAAGACGCACUUCAUCCCAACUUGCGCGGUCCCGUGUACGGUAUUGUGUUGUUGACCGCCGACAAUGAAGAAGAAGAGCAGAAGUUGUGGGAACAAAUUCUCAAGAUUUACCGCAACGAAAACAUUCCUACCGAUCAGCGUUUGAUCGCUUUGAGCGCUUUGGGCGGUGCCAAGGAUGCCGGCAUUAUCCGCAAAUAUCUUGACAUGAGCUUGGACGACAAGGAAGUCCGUGGCCAAGAUUCCAUCUAUGUCUUCCGAUCAUUGGCUGCCAAUCCUGAUGCUCACGAUUUGUUCUGGGAGUUCUUUACCAAGAACUAUGAUGUGUUGCAUAACAAAUUCUCAAAGUCGCUUAGCUUGUUUGGAUCGGCGGUUCGUUCUGCCGUGGGUGGUUUUGCCAGCAUGAAGAAGAUUGAGCAAGUGGAGGCUUUCUUUGCCGACAAGGAUACCAAGCAAUACGAGCGCGCUCUUCAGCAGGCAUUGGAAGCCGCCAAGGUGAAUGCCAAGUGGGUCGAAAGAGAUCAUCAAGUCGUCGCCGACUGGGUCAACAAGUUCAAGGGCGAUUUCGCUUAAACUGGUUUACCAUGAUAAAAGGAUGAUACACAUAUGAUGACGAAAAAAAAAAAGUUAUCGGUUAUCCUUUUAUAUGAGAUUUGAGAGAAGACAAAUAAAAAAGACAGGAAAAAGUAAUGUAAAUAAAUCAAACAGAAG